AUGUAUAGAAAAACUCGCGUUUCAUCGCGAUUUUAUAGCGAUCGCGAAAUUAGCGAGAAAUUUCGCGAAACUUAUGUUGAUUUCAAUUUGUUUUAUGGAAGCAAAAACUCAAGUGGUAAUAUUCCUGCAUUGAACAGAUAUCCAACUGAACUAACACCAGCGAGUUAUACAUAUUUAAUAUGGUAUCUGAUUUUUCUAUGGCAGGCUGCUCAAUAUAUUUACUCCAUUAUAUCUAUAUUUCGUAAAACAGGCGAAGAUUAUUUUUAUAAAAGUCCAAAUGCAAUGAAUAAAUGGUGUUUCUUCUACUCGGCAUUUAGUUUGCUGAUGUACGUGCCUCAACUGACAGCUGCAGUACACAAUUAUUAUAAUGGAUAUAUGUCAAUAUUUCGUCAUGUUGGUACAUUCUUCGAAGUGACUGUUGUUUUAGUUUUUACACAUAUUGCACUCGCAGACCAUUUGAACGAUUAUAUGAGGUUGAAAUUAUUUGUUGAUAUAUGGCUUGCACGACUUCUUUAUCAUAAUGGUAUUGCUCUAUUGACAUGUUGGCUUUAUUUUGAGACUGUUUUGAGUAUUGUCAUUGCCAUUAUGGAUGAUUCAUUUAAAAAUAUUGAUUUUUCUAAACAGACAUAUUGGAAUAAACGUUUCGAAUGUGAAGAUGAAUAUGAAUGGUUUUGUAAUUUUGAUCGAUUAAACCCGGUAUUAAAAGAAUAUUUUAUUAAUUCUUCUAUGACAAAUCAUCUAUUACAUCUUGGCUGUGGUACAAGUCAAUUGGCUGAGCAUUUGUACAAUAAAGGCUAUUGUAAAUGGAUAACAAAUAUUGAUUAUUCACCACAAGUUAUGGAAAAAAUGUUAAAAAAAUCUACAUAUCAUAAUAUUAAUUGGCUUGUAGUAGAUAUUCGUUUGAUGCCGUUUGUUAAUAAUACAUUUGAUAUAAUCAUUGAAAAAGGAACACUUGAUGUAUUUUUUGUUGGUGAACAUGAUCUGUGGCAUCCAUCGGAAACUAUUAUGAAGUUAAUGGAUCAAGUAUUAACAAAAAUUUCCGAGUGUCUAACUGCUGGUGGGACAUUUAUUUCGAUAACAUUUCAACA